ACCGGUUUGUGUUUUAGUUGAUAAUCUCAAUUCACAACGUACAAAUGUAAGCGGAUUAAAGCUCGCAAUGGUAUUUUUCAUUUCUGUGGGGUUGUUGAUUUCCCUCUUUCUUGCUGUUGUCUAUGGCUGUUAUAAAAUCCAGUUUAGCUACUGGUCUCGCCAAAAGACAGUACCCAGUGUGCCAGGCAAAAUAUUCAGUGGAAAUAUCAAAGAGUUUUUGACUUUCAGAACAAAUUUCGCAUAUCACCUGAAAACAAUCUACGAUGAUCCCAAGUUUGCCGGCAGUCCAGUUGUGGGUGUGUACGGCCUGUACAAGCCAAGUUUGCUUGUACGCGAUCCGGAGUUGAUCAAAUCAAUGCUGGUAAGGGAUUUCGACUAUUUCCGCAAUCGCUUUAGCGACAUGGAUUUAAGAAACGAUCCCAUUGGUGCAAGGGGAAUUUUUUUCACCAGGUAUUCCAUAUGGAAGGAGAUGCGCACCAAGUUGAGUCCCUUGUUCACCAGUGUCAAGUUGAAAAACAUGUUCUGCCUGAUCCAAAAUGUUGCCGAAAAUAUGGAGCACCAUGUUAGUCGGCAAAAAACGGCGUAUCGUGUGGAAAUGAAGGACUUUUGUGCUCGAUACAUGACCGAUAUUGUGGCUACCACACUGCUGGGAUUCCAAUCGAACUCGCUGGAAAAUCCCUCAGAACAAUUAAACAAGGAGAUAAGACGAUUGACUGACUUCAAUGUGAAAUUAGCUCUCAACUAUGUUGUGGCCCUUUUCGUACCCAAGUUGGCUAGUAUACUAGGAGCAAAGUUGAUCUAUCCUGAAACUGAGGAAUUUCUUAAGGGCACCAUAUCUGAAGCUGUAAGAGAAAGAGAAAGCAACAGCAUUUAUCGCAAUGAUUUAAUCGAUUUGUUUGUCAAGCUGCGGAAAGAGGCUGUAGAAUUGGGCAAAAAUAUGAAGGAGUUCAUGCAGUGUUUGAUUGCUCAAGCGGGCGUAUUUAUGGUGGGAGGCUUCGAAACAUCAUCGACAACCAUGUCGAAUGCACUUCUUGAAUUGGCCAAACACCCAGAGCUGCAGAACAAGCUGAAACGGCAGAUACAAACAACAAUGGAGCAAAAAACCGAAUCUAAGCUUUCGUACGAAGACAUGAAUAAUCUGGAAUACAUUGACAUGGUAAUAUAUGAGACUCUGAGAUUGUACCCCGUUUUCCCCAUAUUGGAGCGUGUACACUGCAAGCCACCGGAGAAAAUGCAGUCGUAUUCCCUGCAGCCUCAUUGCGAUUUUUCAUUACCCGAUGGCAUGUCGAUUUUUAUAUCGACAUAUGGGCUGAACUAUGACCCCAAGUAUUGGUCAAAUCCCACGAAGUUCGAUCCUGAACGGUUUUCAUCGGCCAAUAGAGAUACAUUGAAUUCGCCAAUCUAUAUGCCUUUUGGUAUUGGACCUCACAAUUGUAUAGGCAUUCGUUUGGCGAUGCUACAACUGAAAUGUGGUCUACUCUAUUUGUUAAAGGAUCAUCAUGUGCGGUUGUGUGAGGAUACUCUAAUUAAACCAGAAUUUGAUGCAAAAUCCAUACUACUUCAAGUGAAAGGGGGAAUUCAUUUGGAAAUAGUCAAGGACAAUAAGACUUUAUAUUGGUGUACAUUCAAUACUAUGUGGCUGUUUUUGCUUAUCGUUCCAUUCACAUUGCUAAGCAUUUUUUGGUUCAAAGCUAAGUUUAACUAUUGGAGUCAUUUGAAGGUUCCCCAUGCCAAAAAGAGUCCUUUGAGUGGUAACAUUUUUGAUUUCUUGUUUACGAAAACAAACUUCGCCUUCCAUUUGAAGAGUAUAUACGACGAUCCUAAAUUUGCGGAUGAGGCUGCUGUUGGUGUGUUCGGAGUAAUCAAUCCGGGUUUACUGAUAAGAGACCCAAAUUUGGUCAAGCAGAUGCUCAUCAAGGAUUUCGAUAAAUUCUCCAAUCGAGCAGUGCAAUGCGAUACAAGCCAUGAUGAUAUCGGUGGAUUGUCCAUGUUCUUUGCACCUUAUUCCUACUGGAAGGAUAUACGAUCGAAAAUAUGCCCAGUAUUUUCCAGUGGAAAACUGAAAAGUAUGUAUCCUCUGUUGCAGACAGUGGCCAAUCGUUUGGAGGAGAACCUACAGCAGAGGGGUGACAUGUUUGCGGAAGACUUAAAACACCUCAGCACACGCUACACAACCGAUGCCACCUCCACCACUAUAUUGGGUUUCCAGUCGAAUGCUUUGCUGGAUGCCAAUGAUGCCAUACAUUUGGAAACACUUAAGAUCUCCAAAUUUAAUAUGAGUCGUGCCUUUUCGUUUAUGUGCCUUACAUUUAUGCCUCAGCUGGCAAAAUUGUUUCGAGUCAAAGCCUGUUUCAGGUCCACAUAUGCUUUUGUUAAGUCCACAGUUGACUUUAUGAUAAAUGAUCGCCAGAGAAGUGGUCACAAACGGAAUGAUGUCAUUGAUAUUUACAUGAAACUCAAGCAGGAGGCAGCUAUCGCUGGUGAGGAAGAGAUGCAAACCCUGAAGUGUUUCUAUGCUCAGACUUGUUCAAUUUUGUUGGGUGGUGUUGAGACCUCAGCAACAACAAUUUCCAGUGCUCUUUUCGAAUUGGCCAAGAAUCCCGAGAUACAGGAACGAUUGCGUAAAGAGCUACAGAACGCAUUCCUUAACGGUCAUGGGGAAAUUUCUUAUGAGAGUAUAACAAGUUUGGAAUAUCUUGGCAUGGUUAUUGAUGAAACUUUACGCAAAUAUCCAGGUCUACCACUUUUGGACAGGAGAUACAAGCCUGUUGGGGAAAAGGAUCGUUAUUCACUGAAGCCAUACUAUGAUUAUGAACUCCCAAAAGGAAUGCCUGUCUAUAUAUCCAAUUAUGCGCUGCAUUAUGAUUCCAAGUACUGGCCUAACCCAACCACUUUUGACCCCGAACGCUUCUCCUUGGAAAACCGUCAAAAUAUAGAACCCAUGAGCUAUUUGCCUUUCGGCAAUGGACCCCGCAAUUGCAUUGGCUAUCGCCUGGGUCUAUUGCAAAUAAAAACUGCCUUAGCUCACUUCCUGAAAAACCACCGAGUUCAAGUGUGUGAGCAAACCAAUCUGGAGCCCCAAUUUGACCCAAAAGCGUUUAUUUUACAACAAAAAGGAGGUGUUUAUUUAGAAGUUGUACGAGACAAUAUGUUCGAUAAUGCGUUUAAGUUAAAAUCAAAUUGAAAAUGAAUAAGACUG